CUCCACGUCUUCCCUCUCCCUCUCUCGUCCGGUUAAAAUUCCUCCUCUCCCUUGACUCCCUUUCCUUCGGUUAAAAUCCUUUACUCCUUUUUCCUCAGUUGAACUAAAUAGUAAAUACACCCUUAAUCAACGUCUUCCCUUUAAUGCUUUGGUGAGACUGAACUGUUGAACAGCCGAUGGACUUCAUAAAUGUUAGUAGUUGAAUACUGCGACUAGAUCACGCAAGGCGCAACUAUACGCACGACCAAACCAUACACCAUUCAAGCCAUAGCUUCUACCACAUCCCCAAUUCUACAUUCAUCAAUGGCGCAAAUGGUUCAAGUCUCAGGAAACACUCUCAUCUUCCCUUCUCGUCCUCCCUUCACUGACGACCAUGCCCUUUCUCUCUCACACCUAGACACCGAUCGCAACCUCCACCUCACUUUCCGAUACCUUCGUGCUUACGUCAAUACCCACCCCUCCUCCUCCGCCGACCCUUUACCUGUCAUCUCUUCCGCCCUCUCCCAAGCUCUCGUCCACUACUACCCACUCGCCGGCAAACUCCGCCGACGCCAACACGAAGACCAACGCCUCGAGAUUUCGUGCUCCGCCGGCCAAGGCCUCCCUUUGAUUCGGGCUAAUGUGGAUUGCACGCUUGAGUCCGUGAAUUAUCUCGAUGAUCCCGAGUCUCCCUUCCUCGAACAAUUAGUCCCCGAUCCGGACAUGGACGAAGCAAUGGAGCACCCUUGUGUUCUGCAAAUCACGGUAUUCAAGUGUGGUGCGUUCACUCUUGGGGCUGUGAUACACCACUCCCUGUGCGAUGGACUCGGCGGGACUCAGUUUUUCAGUGCGGCAGCCGAGUUGGCCCGUGGAGCGACCCGCAUAACGGUCGAGCCGAUUUGGAAUCGUGAGAAGCUGUUGGGUCCUCGGAAUCCGACUCGAAUUGAUUCCCCGGUGAUCGGAGAGUUUCUGCAUUUGGAAAAGGGGUUCCUGCCGUACGAACAGAACAUUGGUCCAGUUGUGAGAGCCAGCUUUCAUGUGAGAGACGAGUGCUUGGAGAAGUUCAAGCGCUCGCUGUUUGAGCAAUCUGGAUUGAACUUCACCACUUUUGAGGCUUUGGGUGCAUACAUUUGGAGAUCCAAGGUUAAGGCCUCAGGGAUUGAAGAUGAUGAAAAGAUAAAGUUCGCAUACUCAAUCAACAUAAGGAAACUGAUGAAGCCGCCGCUUCCAGAAGGCUACUGGGGCAACGGUUGUGUUCCAAUGUACGUAAAGAUGAGAGCAAAGGAUGUGAUAGAGAAACCCAUAUGGGAAACAGCAGAGCAGAUAAAGAAGAGCAAGAGCAAUGUGAGUGACGAGUAUGUGAGGUCCUUCAUUGAUUUUCAAGAGAAGCAUUAUGGGGAUGGGGUCACAGCGGGAAAAGGAGUGAGUGGGUUCACAGAUUGGAGGCAUUUGGGACAUUCGAGUGUAGAUUUUGGGUGGGGAGGUCCAGUGACCGUGCUGCCUCUUGCGAGGAAUCUGCUUGGAAGUGUGGAGCCAUGUUUCUUCUUGCCAUAUUCAACAGCAAGCUCAUGGAAGAAGGAUGGGUUCAAGGUUUUGGUGACUUUGGCUGAAGCUGCCUUACCUGCUUUCAGAGAGGACAUGGAAUUGUUUUCAAAUAGCCACCAAGUUGGCCAGUUAUCAAUAUAAUCGUAAAUUUCAGGAAACUGAGAGAAAAUGAAACAGGGUUAGUGUUUUUAUUUUCAUUUUCCUUUUCUUUACAUUUCAUAGGAUUUACCUAAAUUUAUCGUUCUUGAGACUUGAGAGAUUGAGGCAAUCCAAACUUCACCUAAUGAGCAAAUGCUGUUAAUAAUCUGAUUAUGAUAUUGCAUUGUACCACCAGAUGUACUGGCAACCAGGUUUUAGGUUGACAAAAAAGUGCGAAAUAUAAAUUUAUAAUUUUUAGUACAUUUGAAAAAUAAUUAAGAGCAUACUUGUGACAUGUGAAUUUUGUAGCUUUCUGUAAUUUUGUAUUUUACUUGAAGUGAUUGAAGUUGAUACUUGAUAUUGAUGCUGAUUAUCUUCCGGA